GCUAACGAUUCGGUAAUGUAGCGAGUUUUACUACAAUUUUCACAUGAAGAGUGACUGAAAUACUGUUUCUAUUGUUCUAUGGAUGGAUUUCGAAGAAAGAAGUGAGGUUUUACCUUGAUAUUUUGUGCGAAAACGAUUUUUGAGCCUCGUUGAAGUUGGAAACCCUUCUUUUUUCGACGAAGAAGCGAGAACAGUGUAUCGUUGAAUGAUUCUUCGAAAAGCUUUGCAAAAAUCGUUCGAUUUGAAGUUUUUUUCUGGAAGUUUUUGCUGCGAUUUUGGUGAUAGAAUUGAUUAUCGGGAGGAAGAAUGGAGAGUUAGAGAGCAGAGGGAAGUGGAACUGUCGCUUGAAAGGUGAGAGAAAGAAGGAGAGAAGGCGGGACGGUUGUCGCUGUCACGUCUGCAAUUCAAAUUGUCAGAGACGUGAUUACCUUUUUGCCCCCGCGUGUAUUUAAUUGGCAUGAUCUGACGGCUGGGAAGAUGGCGCGAUGGACGGUCAGAUGGACGGUUACUGACCGUUACUGAUAGGUCGGUUACUGAUAGGAUCCGGACCCCCUUGUGCGGAUCAUGUAGACAUUCUUCAAAGAAUAUCUAAAUGAGGUACUAGUCCUUUGUGUUGCAAUUUUGCUGCGGGGCUCCAAUUUAUCUGUAGUAACUUCCUAGUACGUAAUUUCUCGUAUUAUUCAAGUAGUUGAUGCAAGGGAGAUCUCUCGUGUUGUGGCUGCAACCAUUCUACAUCCUUUUGUAUCUACACCUACUUUAGAUGCUAGUGGAUUGUUUGUCAAUAGCACCGGUUCAGAGUUGAAAGACCCUACAAGACUGAUAUUUCCUGGUCAAUCAGGAGGUCUGGAUAACAUAAGUGGGAACCUUUAUCAUCGUUACUUCUCAGGCACCAUUUCUCACUUUGAUCCUGUUAGAUGGCCAGUUGAGGAUACUUUGAUUCCGGAGAGGUUUGUUGAUCUUUAUGCAUUCACUGUAUCAUUAAUGUGAAAGAGUUUCAUAUAUAUGAGGAACAAGUUGUUUUCUUUUAGUCUAUGUUUAUGCCUGGUUCGUACCGGGCGGUUUUGUGAGACUUCACUGACUUCGUGCUGUCCUUUGUAGAUGAACGACGGUCCUCGAAGUCCUGCAAGAAAGGUCCACAGGGAGUGAUUUGGGUGUUACACCCCAUCUUUUUCUUAUGCCCUUGGUCCAAUUUUGUCAAAUUUCACCGUAGUGUCGGGGAGGACUAAAAAUGUGAACUAUCGGUUCAAGCAGUGUCGAAUUUCGACAUCAAAUGAGAAAGUUACGGACAUUAAUUGAGUUUCGGAUUAAACUCACCCGUAAAUUAGGAAAUGCCCAAAAUACCCCUUGAACUAAUUAAAACCCUACCACUUAAAUACCUAACUCGGCCUCACCACUACCAAUUAAACCCUACUCACCGUAGAAGAGCUAGCGGCAGCCGAGGUGUGUAACCCCUUUCUUUUACCCAUUGCUCACAAUUCCCGCGGCUGCUCAACUGCGUUCAUGUCACCACCAUCACUUGCCAUUACACCAUCAUCGUUGCAACACCAAGAACAAGCAAGCGUCGAGGUCGUUGAUGCACGUAGCUCGGAAAGGGUUAUAGCGUUCAUUGCAGCCGAACUCGAGAUGCCAAAUCGGUGGAAAGCGAUGGGAGGAAGAGAGGCGCGUUGGCUAGUUCGGCAUCACCGACGUGUUAGAGCUCCGUCGACGGCCCGGCGUAGCCGACUUCAACCAUUAGUCAAGUGGUGGGUAUCAUCUCGUAGAGGGCAAUUCCAGGAUCGUCACCGUGUCGACGAAAUUGAAUUCCGACGUCGGACAAGGGAGAACCGAGCCUCCCAAGUUUGAGCAAGAAUUUGCCUAGUACAGGUACCAUUCGUGGAAAUUUGAAAAGUUAGAGGAUUAAAAGUGAAAUUUUUCAGUGAGGUCGUGGUCAACUGUGUUGACUGGAAAAUUGCAUUUCAGUACCUGGAACUUUCAAACUGACAGAAUGUUUAUUUUGGUCAUAACUCGAUCAAUUGACGUCCAAACGAGGAACUGUCUGCGCCUACGGAAUUGUAGAAGCGAGGGGAAUGUUAUAGAAGGGAGUUUUGGAAAUUUCAGAGUCAAAUCAGAGUCAUAUUUUCGAGGUGAGUGUAAAUGGGGUAAAUUCUACGCCUUACGUAUUCUUUUAAGUAUUAUGAUUUUAAGUAUUUUAGCGAAUUGGUUAUCGGUCCUUGGUUAUGUGUGAUUGAUUAUUUGUGCUAUUUGAGGUGAUUUUGUUUGAGCUAUGCUUGAAGUGAAUGGUUAUUAUUUACCUUGAAAAUUUUAUGAGUAUAAGUUAUUGUUAAAGUUUAGGAAACAAGGUCUUUUUAAGAAGUAACUCACCUUCAAGCAGGUGAAGUCGUUUUAAUUUUUUUUAGUCACUAGCGCCAGUCCGUUGCCAUUUGAGAUUUUCAGAUAGGGCAGCAGUUAUGCUCUUGAGAUCUUUGAGACAGAGCAUCAGUUAUGCUCUUGAGACUUUUAAGAUGGGCAGCAGUUAUGCCCUGGAGAAUCGUGGUGAAGAGCCAUCACGAUAAGUUUAAGAUGUUAGGGGGAUGAAUCGUUACGACUUCCCUAACUAAGUUUAAGUUCAAGGAAAGCCUGGAUGGCUUCUCAUACGUAUGAGUUGGGCAACCAGACUAGCUAGUGAGGGAUCCCCGUGUCGGUCAAGCAUUUAAGUCAAGAUUUGAGUUUUAAGAGAGGAGAGUAACAGUUGUCAAAAAAAAAAAAAGAGAGGAGAGUAACUUCAACUCCCUCAAAGUUUAAGAGUUAAGAUUUUAAGAUUGGAAGUACAAACAACUUCCACCAGUUAAAGUUAAGUGUUUAAGCAAAGUACUCAAGUCUUACAAAGUAUUAAAACGUAAGGGCGUAGACUGACCCCAUCUCACUCACCAGGAGUUAGUAAAGGAAAAGCGAGAACUAGACUGAUAGUUGCAGCUAUAGGAGCAGUUAGUGAGCAGCGAGAUCGAGAAAGCUGUUCGAGGCAGCCAGCUAGAGGAGAGCAGUGUAAGCGUCACGGAGGAUGCUUAGUCAAGGUUUCAAGUAGCAACAAAUUUAGAGAUUAUUAGUUAUUUACAUUUUAUGAUUAUGAGUAUAGACUGGAGAUCAGAUUGAGUUUUUGAAGUUUGAGUUUAAUUUGCCCACGUGUUAGGGCUUUGCUCUGAGCUUCAAGUGUGUGUUUCCAGUAUUUUAUUUAUGAAAAUUUUUCCCAGUUGCAAUUUAAGAUUUGAGUAUUUUAUUUAUCAAGGGCAUUUUAGUAAAAGUAGUACCGGCCGGGUUAGGGUGUUUCAUUUUGGUAUCAGAGCCGGUCUUCCUCUAUUCCUUGGUCUCCAUGGAAUACUGGAAUAUCGGUCUCAGUUUUAAAGGCUUUUGUUUUAAAGGAAAGGAAAACGAGCCAAGGAUCUUCUUUUAAGAGUUUAUAGAAUCUCCAGUCUACUCUAAUCGUAUUAAAGUAAAUAACUAAAGUUCCAAUAGAAGAGGUUCCAAUCGUAAGGGAAUACCUUUAGGAUUUUGGAGGAGUUGAAGGAGUAGUACGAGGAUUCUACUACUAGGCAGCAAGGAGAGGAUCUAAUAAGCAAAAGCAAACAAAUAAGAGAACUAUGAAUCUCCGAAGAAAGAGCUACAAUCACUAGAUGUCAGUAGCUAUAGUGAUGGGAGGAUUUCGGGGUCCUUGACCCUAAGCAGUGGCGAGGAAGCAACGAGCCAAGAAACGAAGAGGUACCACGAGAAGUCCCUCAACUAGUGUUAGUGGUCAACGCUAUUAUAAUAUAGUGUCAAGGAGUAGUAAAAAGCUUAGACUUCA